UUGCGCGAGCACUUUUUUCCCCGCCCACAACUCGACGCCGUCGACAUUAUUCUGUGAUAUUGGCUGUCAACUGCCAGACAGCCUUGUGACCAGAAUCAAGACGUGGCAGUUCGCCCAGCACCAAGAGAAGGGGGCAAUGGACUCGGACAGCAGCAGCAGUAGCAGCGGAUCAUCGGAUAAGGCUCGUGCUGGACCCUCAAAAGACUCGACCGCACUCCUCGGCGGUACAAGGUCAUCCCGAGGGACGAAAGCCAGCGGAGCGCAGUCGGAAAGUAGGGACUCCGAGACCAAGGGACACCAGUGCGACGUGUGCGGAAAGGUAUUCGGGUACCAGAGCGCCAUGAGGCGGCACCUGCUCACCCACUCGGGCGAGAGGCCCCACUCGUGCCAGGUCUGCGACCGCAAGUUCACCCGGAAGGAGAACCUCGAGCGCCACGCGCGCAUGCACACGGGCGAGAAACCCUGGAGCUGUCACGUGUGCGGCGACACCUUCACCCGCAAGGGGAUCCUGACCAUCCACGCCCGGCGGCACACGGGUGAGAGACCCUACGCCUGCGCCCUGUGCCCGGCCGCGUUCGCCAGCAGGUACACGCUGACGGUGCAUACGGCCACGCACAAGCGAAAGGCGCCCUACGAGUGCCUCAUGUGCGGCAUGAAGUUCAGCGUGAGGGCCAAGUUCCUGGGGCACGAGCGCAACCACGCGGUCGAGAGGCCCCACAAGUGCCACCUGUGCCAGGCCGCCUUCAUCGAGAAGUGCCGGUUGCGCAGUCACCUCGUCACCCACACGAGCGCUAAGCCUCACCAGUGCGACAUUUGUCAGAGGGGGUUCACGCGGCGCAGUACGCUUAGGAAUCAUUUGCGCCGCGUUCACGAUGGUAAGAAGCCUUGACUCAAAGUCUGAGACCUCAGGCAGGCAUUCCCCAUUUGUGAGUCCGUGCGAUUGACAAACUGCAUGUGCCCUCGUAAAAGGAGUUGACCAAAAAGGUAGCUCCCAUAGAAAUCUGAUGUUGUCGCGAACUAAAAUAUUGUGCUGGCAAUAAACCCUUCUAUAAGAAACUGAUA